ACAAAGUUAGUCUGUGCUUUAAACGAUAAAAUGAACCCCGAGAUGAAAUCGGUUUAUUCACUUUACAGACUAAACAAGUCUAAAGAAGAACAACUCAAAAGAUCUAGCUCAGAGAGCAGUGUCAGUGAGGCAGCCUACUCUCCGGGAGAAUGUGUCUAUCAGCCACCUCAACUAGUUCCAUGUCUACCAGUCGCGGCUGAUGUUCCUGAUGAUCUCUAUAAUCUCACCCAGCUUGCAGAAGUCAGCCUAGCUGCCGCCGCUGGACAUGUAUUUAGACCAACCAAACCUGAGAAACCCGAGAAGGAAAAGGAGCGAGAGCACCACAGCUGUGGGGAUUGCGGCAAGACAUACAGCACCAGCAGCAACCUGGCCAGACACCGGCAGACACACAGGUCACUAGCAGACAAGAAGGCGCGGAGAUGUCCUCAUUGCGACAAAGUGUACGUAUCCAUGCCGGCCUUCAGCAUGCACGUGCGGACCCACAGUCAGGGGUGCAAAUGUUCCUUCUGUGGCAAGUGCUUCUCCAGGCCGUGGCUGCUUCAGGGACACAUCCGCACACAUACAGGUGAAAAGCCGUUCAAGUGCCCAGUGUGCUGCAAAGCCUUCGCAGACAAGUCCAACCUCCGCGCCCAUGUCCAGACACAUUCCAACACCAAGCCACAUGUCUGCCCGAGGUGUGGGAAAGCCUUCGCUCUCAAGUCGUACCUUUACAAGCACGAGGAGUCGUCCUGUGUGCGAGGCAAGGCGGAGGAUGCCGCGUGUGACCUUACCUUGCGACCUCACUCGCACCCGCUGGGGCUCACCGUGGCUGCAUGACACGGCGUCUCAGAACGCGCAUUUCCAUACUACUAACGAUCACCUGCAGGAGUUAAAAAGUAAAUUUAAAGAUUCUUAGGCUUAGGUUUAAGCCGGCAAGCGUCCAAAUAUCUGUAUCUAUGUAUAAUCUUAGUUAUACAGUAUUAAAACAUACAUUUGUAUUAAAGUUCUGUUAGAGAUAUCAACAUUGAGAAAGGUGCAAAUAAAUCGGGUAUGUCUUUCUUAUAAGGUGUCUAAAUUUCAGCACCGUACACAGAAACACAGGAACAUCCAAAUGGUAACUUAUUAAAAAAUAUUAUUGUAUUUUGCAUUGGAUAAGUUUGCUGCUACAGGGAAGGGAAAUGUUUUAAAAUCGAAAUUUAAUAUACAAAAAUAAAUAAAAUAGUAAUGGAUUAUUUAAAUUUUAUCGAAAUAGCCUACAUCCGUACACAAUAAAACCACGAUGAUUUUCUUUUUCUCAAUAAGAAUAAAUGAUAUUUUAAGUGCACUUUUAAUGUAUACAUUUUUUUCUCCAUUACCUGUAAUCGUACAACAACGCUUCAUUGCAAAAACUUGUUUUUAGUUCUUCACCGUGGUUUUGAAAAAAAAAUUUGACGUUUUUGUAUUUGUUGGAAAAAAAAUAAAAUUCUCAUUGUACGAUCUUGCUGGUUCACGAACAUAUUCAAGUUUAUCCAGGCCUACUUAUGCCGUUGUUUUUAUUUAUUUUUCUUUAUUCUUCAUAAUGAUUAUAGAGACUAAUAAUAAUACCGUAAAUGUUUCUAAAGAGAUUCCGGGUUUUUUAUAGAUCUUUAAUAUGUUUUGGAGAUUGUAGAGAACCCCUAGAACAAGACACCUGACUCUCCUGGAAAUAAUUCCCGUUAGCAACCUUGUUACUACUCGCAAAAUUCAUUAUGCAACUCUAUAAGCUUCGAGAUUCAGUUGGGUGUUCCAUUAUAUUUUGGAUUAUUUGAUUGACAUCGUGACUACUUUAGUUGAGUUGAGACUAUCCAAUGAUUAAAAAAGUUAUAUUUGAACAGCUAUUUGAUAGGGUUGAGUUGGCUGCAACCUUAUUUGUGUACAACCACGUGAAGUUCUUACAACAACGUAUUGUAUACGUUCCAUCGUCAAUAAAGAUGAUAAAUUCCUAGAUAAACUUCAAUGGUCAAAAUAGUUACUAAAAUGUAUAUAUAGUCAUAAUACUUUUUGUUAGUUGUCAGGAAUGUAAUCCUUUAAUCCAAACUUAUCAACGUGUUUAGCUAAGAGUCCCCGUGCGUUAUGAAACAGUUAUACAUUUGCCAUCAAACAUCAAAACAUUGACUAAGGAAAUAAAAGCUUUGUUUCCAUUGUCUGUGGUCAAAACUAUUGUCAAAAUUGUUAACGAAUUGUUUAUAAUCGUAGACUUCUAGUGAGAGUAGACUAGUUGUAGAAAUGUCCUGCCAAAUUCCUUACUAGUCUUAGGAUUGUAGAUUGUGUAUAAAAGUAUAAUUUAGGUUGCAUUAAUUUAUGUUAAUUUAAUUUUUUAUUUGUAUUUUAUUUUCUAAUCAUUCACUUAUAAUUUGUGUGAGUUUACUAACUAUUCACGCAUACCUUUGAAAUCAUUUAGUGAAAUUUUGUUUUAUAAACUAUUAGCAUUGACAAUAAUUUUCAAGAUUCAUGUAGGCUUAUUAUUUAAUCGGGAUGGAAAAUAUUCUUUGAUAAAUAUAACCUAAAAUUGAUUAUUGUCGACAAACUAAAAUACAGUAAUCAUGUGGUUGAUUAAAUAUUUUGUCACAGUGUAAGCCAUAAAUAACAUUUUAUGCGUAUACAGAGUUAGAAUUCAGUCAUAUUGCCUGUUGGGAGAUGACUCAGACAUUGAUACUAUUGAUACGUAGUCAAAAUACAGUAGAUAAUUCUGUGUUUAGGUCCUAAUUGCCAUUUCAAAACACGGUCAAACAGUUUAACGAAUUGUCAUAUUUCAUUAAAUGAUUUCAAAUUUGCAAUUUACUAAUUUUAUUUGUUUGAUAAAAACAAGGACGAGGUAUUCUAGUCGAUUACGAUCUUUUUGCAUUUUGUUUUAUGUUAAAUUAAGUUUUUUUUUUAAAGUUAGUAUUAUUUUUUCUUAAUUCACAAAAAAAAUUCAACUUCUUUAUUUAUUGUGUGUACAUACGGUAGUAAAUUUUGUGGUAAGUAUUCCAUCGUAGUAGUUUUACUACAACUAGUAGUAAUAGCAUUAGAAAUGUUGUACAUAUUAUUUGUAGAAUUUAUUGAUUUUUGGUUCAUUCGGGACCAAUUUACUAAUCAAUAUUUAAGUAGGUAUAAGUACAGUAGUGAUAAUUUUACACAGAGUUGGUUUUUUAAAUAUGGUGUCAAAUCCGCUGUAGCCCUUUAUUUUGUCUAAAUAAACGU